AUGGGAUGUUGGAUAGUAACAUUGCAAGGUGGUCCAAAACGAUCAAAUCAAGCAGCGGUCGCGAUCGAACAUGAAAUUUACUCUUUUGGUGGUUGUCGUUGUCUUCGUGAUGAUUCCAACAAUCAAAUUAUCGAAAUUUUUGGUGUACACGUCUUGAACACCA